AACAUCAACAUAUCGAAGGAGAAAUGGCUUUUAUAAUGGGAAGCAGAGAAACCAAUGGAAUGAAUAAUGAAGACAGAGAACGUUUCCUGUCUUUUAAGAUGAAUGAAGAUUACAAGUUUAAGUAUAUACCUGAAAGUCAUUUCAAGCAUGUAGUGAAAAGCGUACAAAGACAAAGAUGCAAGGAGGACGAAGAGCGAAUCUGGACUUCAUUUGUUCAGGAACAGGAGUUAAAUGAUCUAAGGUUUCAAGGGAAAGAUGUUCACCCAUCUAUAGAAAGUGUCAAAUAUCUCUUGCAAGAAAAUAUACAAGAUGUAGAUAGAGAACUGAAGAGACUUCAAGAAGAUGCUCUCCCUGAACGAAACAAAGGGAUUUGUAAUCAUAAAUCAAAUAACAGAAACGGAAAAGCCCCAAAUACAGAACUAAACAGCAAAAAGAACAAUUCUCUAAAAGAAACAGCACAGAUAAAAGAUAAAGGUAUACACAAAGCUAAUCCUGUAAUUCCCAUGUUACAAGAAGAUAAUAUUUUGAAUUAUAAAGAUUCUGAAGAAUCCAAAAAAGUUCUGAGAUCAAGGACCAAAAAAUCUGUAUCGGAUCCUUUCAUUAUACAAAAGAAGCAUUAUACAAAUCAACUCCUUCGUGCAACCAAUCACUUUGAGAGUGAUUCAGAUUCAGAGUCGAGUAGUGACAGAACCAAUACUGUUCAUGUACAAGCAGAUCCACUUAUAAUACACAAAAUUUUCGCAAUGCAAAAGAAAAUUUCUGAAUUACUAAAUGAAAUUUCAUUUAGAUUACACAGGAUUCCUCUGCCAGAUGGAGAUAACGAUCUGAAAAGAAGACAACAACAGACUAUGGAAUUUGCCAUUAGAUUUUCAAGAAACUAUCUGUACAAUCUUAACAGGCUUGUCACAAGCAUUCAAAGGCAUAUUGGAGCUGUAUCUUCUAGAAUAAGGCUAAAGCAGUGUCAUAGAAGUACUUCAUUUCAUCAAGAUAUGAUUAAACAGAAAUUGAUUGCUGCUCAUCAAUUAUUAAUACAAGCUUUAAUUGCUUAUUGUAAACAUAUACCUAACUCUACACCCGAGGGUCAUCCUACAAAGCUUCAAAAUGUAUUACAGAUUGUCAGCACUUUGAGAGACAUUUGUAACAAAAUUGCAAUCUCUGCCAAUUAUUACUGUUCCGGGGAUACCAAUACCUUACCAGUGGAAAACGAUGUUCAAGAUAAUAUUGACGCCAUACUGUCUAAAUUAAAAUUGAAUUUAGAUUCUAAACAUCAACCUAUGAAUCAUAAGAACGUUGAAUCUACGGUGACCCUUGCAACAACAUCUUUACAAAAUGAAAGGCGAUCCAACAAAAAAAAUCUAUCCAGUCGACUAAGCAUGUACAGUAUAGAUGUACCUAAAACUAAGCAAAAAAAGAAGAUAGAUUUAAGAAGAAAAAGCCACGUUUACCAGAAAGAAAGGAAAUGUAAUGUUGUGGACACAAAGAACAUACACGUUCAACAUAAUUCGAUACCCGAGUUAUUGUAUCCCAGUCCUGUCACACAUACCUCGUCUUCUAGGGAUACUGUUCUGAUUGAAUCCACGAAAAAAGUGAACUAUUUGAAAGAUGACGAUGUUAAAACUAUGAUGGACGAAGUACCAAUCGAUUCGGAGAAUGAUAGUAAUUUAGAAAUUCAAACCAAACAUAGUAAUGCAAUGAAAGUAGAACAGUCUAAAGAACUACGAAAGAAGUCUUUCACUGAAAUGUGGAAAUCCGAAAGUACAAACGAUAAAGAAAAAGAUAUUAAAGUACAAAAUGUUUCAAACGAUGAUGAUUUGGUAAAAAAGGUAACAACAAUUACCAAAGAACAUUUGUCCACUUUAGUACCUGUAAUAAAUGAUUUAAUGACUCUUGUAUCAAAAAAGCAAACAGAAGUAGAAGCACAGCCUAUAUCAGAAACAUCUAUGGAGACACUAAUGGGGUUUCUACAAAAAUAUCAGUCUCCUAAGGACUUUGAUACAAAAGCAUGUUCAACAGAAUGUGGUUGUAAUCGUUUGCAUUUUAAAUCAAAUAGCAUAUCUGAAGUUCAAAAACGCGAUAAGAAUGUGCAACUGAUUUGUAUGUCAUCCAAGGAUAAAACUUGUAGAACAAGACAAUGCGAUGCUUCUUGUCAAGCAGAUGAAACUGCGAUAAAUAUGUCCAGUGAUAGAAGAACAAUACGUUUAAUAACCAGAAAUAAGUUGCAACUUACCAUAGCAAAAGAGACUAAGCAACGGAUUUUAGCAUAUAAAAAUGACUAUAAAAGACUGUGUGAAUUGAGGCCAAUGUAUUCCAGCAAUACGCAAAACAAACCAUGGGAUAUUGUAGCAUGGAUAUCUGACAAAUUGGUGGAGGAACUGAUAAUUGAAACAACAAAAGAAUUACCAGUGAACGACAUGAUAGAAAAAUUAUACGAGAUGGAGUUUCAAGAAUUUUGA